GUCAGGUUUCUAAUGCAGCCCUUCAAACACCAUACGAAAAACACGGCACCUUAUGUAGCGUAGAAAAAGGUUCCCGGCUUGUUCUAAGAGUUCCUGAACAAAUUAAUGGAGAAAUGUCUUUAUCAAUUUGUGAAGUGCGAAAUGCUUUCCCAGCUCCGAUAAUAGAAAUAAGCGUUGACAAAGUUGUGAAAACAGAUGUUCAACAAAACGAUUUAUUUAAUGGAUCUUCACAUACGUUUACCAGCACAGCAACCAUGACAAAGACGAACAAAACAUGGAAUGGAAAACGAAUGUGCUGUACCAAGAAAACCAAAUACGAGUUUGGUCUUGGAAAUGUGUCAGUAUGCAAUAUCCGCCGUUGGACCUUUCGAUGUCUUUACACAAUACACAUGACUAUAAUAAGAAUGGUUACAACUGUUUCUUAAACAUGUCUUGUGAAACAGAUGCAUCAAAUCCGCCCUGUACAAUUGAAUGGUCAAGUGACAACGAGGAUUUAAGAUACGUUUAUAUAAAAAAAACCGGACGAAUGGUGACAGUGGGAGAUACCGUUCUAUUUCCAACGUGCUCUUCAGUGUCACGACAGGCAUGGCUGGUGGAACUAUUACAUGUUCAACAAGGUGCGAUCAUUUCCCAUCUGCUUUAUAUAAAGACUAUUCAUUAUCUUCUUCAGAGUUUUUUAUGGAAUCAGAUAUUAUAAAGGAGAGCAGCCCUAAAAUACUUAACUUAACCUGCCACUCUGGUGAACCAUGCAUACCAUGUGAAAUUGUGUGGAGCAGCAACUCUGUUUAUCUUUACCCAAUAUCGACAUCGCAAUGGACAAGCAACAGUGGCUCCGGCUACAUAAGUGUUUCAAAUGCGCUCUACUUCAUUACUAAAUAUGUGGACGGAAAACGGAUACAGUGUUCUGUAAAUUGUUCGAACGAGUCUUCAUAUUCAAUCAAUAGAACAUACACAAUUUCCUUUCAAGCUGUUCAAGAAUCAACUACCAUCUAUACAUCCGUUGUAACCAAACAAUGGCAUACGGCGGUUCUUUGUGCCUUAUCAGGAACCUUACUACUUGCACUUGUUACAGCGUUGACCGUGCUUCUCUUUCUUCGAUUCAAACCUCAUGCGUAUGAAAGGUUCCUACGCCUAAGAGGACCUGUAGCUAGCGAUCCUAGUAGACAUGUGUACGAUGCUGUACAGUCUACUGUUGAGACAACUGCGCUUCACGAUAUAAGAAGAAUAUCUGCAAUGGUCCUGUGAACACAUCUCCACUAUCGGUCAUGGAAGAACACCAAGUCCGCUCAAACAAAAACGUAUGUCACUACGACUAUGUGGAUACUGCAUCCGUCCAACAAGACCAAAGGACAAAUACAGCGGCUGGAACUUAUAUACACGCGAUAUAAAGCCACAUAUAUGACCAAUCAAAGUGUGUAAUUGUAAACACAACCAAUGUCCGCGUACUGCCACUCAUCCGGUACACGCCCUUGUCUCAGAGAGCGUUGACUUUUAGUUAAAUAAAGAGGUUGUUUUCAAAGUCAUUUAGAUUACCUGAAGUAAAACCUUUCUGGUUAAGA